AUGACCUUAGCCUCUUUGGAGGUUGCCGGCAUUCCUGUGACCCCGAAGCCCAAGCCCUGGAGCCCGGAGGUCUCGAAGCAGCGCGUGGCGCUGCUCACCAAGCUCGGCCGCGCCACGAAAUGGACCGAGGCGCUGGCGGUCGUGGCUGAGCACGCCCUACAUGGUCCCAAACUCGACGUCUUCGCGUGUGGCGCAUGCAUACGCGCUUGCGAGAUCUCUGCGCAGUGGGAGGUUGCUCUAGCUCUGCUGGCACUGGGCGGCGCGAGCCGCAUGGAGUUGAACAACGUCGCAUACAAUAUUGCAAUAAGCGUGUGUGACAAGGCAAAGAAGUGGCUUCAGGCCGGAAUGAUUGUUCGGCAUAUGCAGGCCUAUCAUGUGCAAACGGACGUGAUCACAUGGAGUGCCUUGGUCAGCGCCUAUGCCAAGGGUCAGCAGUGGGAAGAGGCCUUGGGAGCUUUGGACUCAAUGGAGUCAUUGCAGGUGCAACCUAAUGAGAUGACGUACAGCGCGGCAAUCAGCGCAUGCACGGCUGCCGAGCCAUGGCCUUGGGCACUUGAGAUUGCAGAGGCAAUGCAGCAGAAGCGCCUCGAAGCCGAUGCCGUCGUGCAAACUGCCAUGAUCACUGCUUGUGGCUUCGGUGGGAAGUGGGAAGAAUGCAUAAGCAUUGUCGCAGGAAUGCAAGGGGAAACGCUACGGCAGAUAACCUGCAAUGCUCUCAUGGCCUCCUUGCAGAGGGCGGCGCAGUGGACUCGGGUCCUCUCAAUGCUUUCCAACAUACAAGACGACGAAGGGCGUUGGAAGAACUGCACGCUUGAUUCUUUCUCUUGUGCAGCCGCCAUUGCGGCAUGUGGGACAGGUGGCCACUGGCAGGUAGCCGUGGACCCUUUCGUGAGAUCCCCUCUAAAUGUCGUUCUACUGAAUGUGGCAAUUACCGCUUGCAGUGAAAACUUUCAGUGGCAAUGGGUGUUGCAGCUGCUGGGCCACUCCCGUGCCAGAGGUCUUCUGCCAGACGCCAUCUCAUGCAACUCCGCCCUCACUGCAUGCCAGAUUUGCGGUCGGUGGCUGGAAGCAGAGACGAUCCUUCAAGAGAUGUUCAGACAGGUUAGCGCUGCCCCGGACCAGAUCACUCUCAAUGCCUUCAUCAGCGUUUGUGGCGCAACUCAUCGAUGGCAGCGAGCUCUCUCGGCAUUGCUUGGGCAAGUACCUGCACUGUCUGGUAUACAACCUGGCACAGUGAGCUGCAACGCUGCGCUGGCUGCUUGCCAAGCACAAUGGAGACAGUGCGGGGCCAUCCUGGAUUUUGCUGCCACUGCAGGUGUCAUCAUCGAUGAGGUGGGAUACUCCGCAGCCAUUACUGCGUUCGAUCGUGGUCAUUCUUGGCAGCGUGCAUGCCUUGCUCUGCGCAACAUGCAGCGGUCGCUUGACAAGAACUUAGUGGCUACGAAUUCUGUGCUUGCCGCCUACGAGAAGGUUGGUUUAUGGGACUCUGCACUGGCGCUGCUGUUCCACCUCCGCAUGGGGCAACUGGAAGCAGACCAAGUGAGCUUCAACAGCUGUACAAGCUGCUGCGAGAAGAGCAUGCUGUGGUGGCAGGCGCUUGAUGUGUUUCAGGCUACCAUGCAGUACGACUCGAUCAGCUUCAACGUGUUGCUGCGCUCAUGCAUGCACGCAGCUGAUUGGAGGGCAGCCCUCUCGUUGUUGGCACGCAUGGAGGAGGAUGGGCUCCAACUGACAGCGCUGAGCUUGGCUCCGGCAAUCGAGGCACUUGUACAGAACCAACAAGUUGGGUCGACCUGCGACGCUUGGCUGCCCCAAAGUCAGGCCUUAGAAGAAGUCUUCGAGAACUCGAGUGAGGAUUGGAUUGCGCUGGAUCUAAGGCCAGUGGAAGCCGCCAACUUGAGGUGGGCGGGAGAUGCGGCGCAAGCACGCUGCAGCACCUCCACAACGGAGUCUGCCAAGGCACUGCGAGAAGUCGCUGACAAGGACUUCCCGCAACAAUGGCCAGUUCACCAGCGCAGCAUCAUCGCAGUGGCUUGGAGCCCCGGUACUUCGCACGGCAUCUCCGUCCAGCUGUCAACGAUUCAGAAUCGAGACGUCAGAUGCUGGGAAUACAUCGCAGCCACAAAUUCGGCGAUCGCGCUGUCAUCGUGCGCCUUGCUGCUAGCAGUUGGCCCCGCGGCGUACUGCUGGUUGAACCAGGGCCGGGCAGAGCUCGCGGACUCUUACCGAGGAACUGCCCACCCACUUCAGAAUAUCUGCCACAGCACCUCACAAGAGGCUGCUCCCAUCAGUCAUCAUCGACCAGCGCUGUACCUGGGGCGUGACUACGUCAACGAGGUGGCUUCUGGAGGCAUCAACGGCCUGCUAAUGAUGGUUGCGACUGUGGUUGCUGGAAUCGGGAUAGACAUGCCUGGUCAGCAAAUCCUGGCUCUUGGCACUGCAAGCCUUGUGUCCUAUGCCUUCUCCAUGGGCUUCGGUGCCUUCGUGGUGGAGGAGGCCAAGGAGAGCUUCGCCACCAGCCAACUUCAGGAGGAGUACGAUGAAGUCCGGAGUAUGCCGCAGUCAGAGGUGGACGAGAUGAUUUGCCACUACAGGAGACGUGGACUAUCCGAUCAGGAUGCACAAUCCGUGGCGGGAAUCCUCUCGAAGUACGAGGACUUCUGGGUUCACCACAUGAUGGCCGAAGAACUCGGCAUCCAGCUUCCAAGAGGUAGUGCGGCUGCCAUGCAUGCCGGCCUGGCUACAGGCACAUCCUUCCUGUUCUUCGGAAUGGUGCCACUUCUGGGCUUGGUCAUGUCAACACUCUUGCGACGAUGCUUCGGUCCAGAGUGGUACAGGCCACAGUUUUCCACGGCAAUGUCGCUGGCAUUGAGUGCUGCGGCACUGCUGACACUUGGAGCCUUUGUGAGCCGAGUCGUCGGAAGUCGUACACCGAUCAUCAGCGGCAUGAUGAUCAUGGCCAACGGUUUCGCAGCAUCCAUCAUGGCCUUUGCGAUGAGCGCAGUGCUGAGAUUUUUCGGAACCGCGGAAAGGCUGGACUUCGCAACGGGCUGCUGUGAGAGUGAAUUUGCACGCUCCGUCCAGGCAACUUCCUUGCCUCCGGAAGCUGGAAGGAGCGGCAGUGCAGGCUCCACAGCACUGCUGGGCCGUUACAAAGUCAAAGCUGCUCGCGCAUUUUUCUGCCAGGAUCUGCACCGGGCCACAGCCCCGCAGAAGCGCAGGCGUGGCCGACUUUCCGACAUCAGCUUGUACGAUGCAGCUGCAUGCUGUGGGCUUGGCUCCUGGCCUUGUCCCGCAACGAAAGAGAUUGUAAUGAUUGGUGGCACUUCCAGGCUUACAGGCAUGCACUUGGAGGUACUGCGGGUCUUCGCCUACGGUCUGCUGACUUGCCUGACAACUGGCCUUGGUGCUGUUCCGUUCCUCUUCGUGCCGGCUGGAAACAUUGGAAGUGGCUUGGCCGUUGCCAACGCCGUGGCUGCUGGCAUGAUGCUUGCAGCAUCUGCUGGCAUGCUGCUUGAGGCUCAUGAGCAUUGUGGAUACCUGGAUUGGCAGAUCUUUGCCGGGCUGCUAGCAGGCGGGCUUUUCAUCCGGGCCAGCGAGGGCCUCCAUGGAGACGACGAGGAGGAGGAGUCGGAAAUUGCCGCCCUGCACGAAGCGCUGCUCGAGAGGAAGCAAUGGCGGAAAGCCAUGCUCAUUUUCACGGUCAUGUUCUGCCACUCCGCAGCCGAAGGUAUCGCAGUUGGUGUGGCAUUUAGCAGGCAAUUGAAUCAGGAGUUCGGAAUCUACAUCUCUCUGCUUCUUGCAGUGCACAACGUGCCAGAGGGCCUUGCGGUUGCACUUGUUCUCGUUCCACGUGGAGUUUCUGCGACCCUCACCGCCCUCAUUGCCAUCUUGACAAGCGUUCCGCAGCCACCACUGGCGUUAGCUGCAUUCCUUUUUGUGGAAGUUUUUCAAUGGCUGCUGCCAUUGGGCCUUGCAUUUGCUGCAGGCGCCAUGGUCUACGUUUGCCUUCACGAGCUUUUGAUUGAAUCAGUGGAGCAGCUGGGGGUGACCAAAGCCACCCUAGCAUGA